CCAAAAAAUGUCUUCCAGUGAAAACUCAUCACUUUCAUCAGAUUCAAGUUCUGAUGAUUCAAAUACCAUUGCACUCAAUCAAUGGGAAGAACGAGUUUCUCAACAAAAUCAUCAAAUUUAUACAAUUUUUGAGAAUAUGUUAUCUAACAUUCCCAAUCUAACUGCAGGGGUCCAAGCUUCUAGAGUCAGAAAACGGUAUUGUGACAGGCAACGCGAGAUUGGUGCUGAGCGUUUGAUCAAUGACUAUUUUGGUCCCAACCCGACAUACGGACCAAAGGUGUUCCGACACCGAUUUCGCAUGCACAAAUCCGUAUUCCUUCGGAUAGUAGAAGCUGUAACUGCUAACGAUGAGUAUUUUCAGGAGAGACGCGAUGCUGCUAGGAGACAAAGUUUGUCCUCUUUACAGAAGUGUACAGGAGCUAUGCGGGUGUUGGCGUAUGGGACAUCAUCCGAUGUCGUCGAUGAAUAUUUGCGGAUGAGUUCAACGGCGACAAGAGAUUCUCUAAUGCAUUUUAUUGAUGGUGUUAUUUCAUGUUUUGGUGCCACAUAUCUUAGAAGACCUACUGAACAAGAUAUGGCUAGACUUCUAUAUGUAGCAGAUCAACGUGGUUUCCCAGGCAUGAUAGGGAGUAUAGACUGCAUGCAUUGGCAGUGGAAAAAUUGUCCUAACGCAUGGGCUGGACAAUAUACAGGGAGAAGUGGAAAACCAACGAUCAUUUUGGAAGCUGUGGCAUCAUACGACUUAUGGAUAUGGCAUGCAUUCUUUGGGACUCCAGGUUCGUGCAAUGAUAUUAAUGUACUCCCUCGGUCUCCUGUUUUUGAUGAUGUCUUAGAAGGUCGAGCACCAUAUGUUAAUUACGUUGUGAAUGGUCAUCAAUAUAAUAGGGCGUAUUAUCUUACUGAUGGCAUAUAUCCUGCAUGGGCUACAUUUGUCAAGUCAAUCACUUAUCCACAAACUCAAAAGCAUAAGUUGUUUGCUCAACACCAAGAGUCUAUUAGAAAAGAUGUUGAGCGAGUAUGUGGAGUCCUACAAGCACGUUUCGCAUUUUUGCGAAGGCCGUGUCUUGUAUGGGAUAAGAUUUUGAUGGGAAAAAUUAUGAUGGCUUGUAUCAUCAUGCAUAAUAUGACAGUAGAAGAUGAACGUGAUACAUAUCAAAAUUAUUAUUAUGCCACUGAGUUUAUUCAAGAUACGCAUACAAGAGUACAUGAAGAAAAUGUUGAAGCCUUUCGCUAUUCCACUCAACGGAUCGGGAGCUUGUCAUCAUAUAUGACUAAUCGAGCUCAACUCCGCAAUAGAGAAGCUCAUAUUGCUCUUUGAGAAGAUUUGAUUGGGCACAUUUGUAUUAAAUUUCGUACAAACAAUUAAAUAUGUACUAAUGUUUAUCUUGUUUAAGCUAGCUUUUUUUUCCACUCUUCA